AUGAGGGGGUUGACCGCUCCAGAAUCCCCUGCCUACCUUCGUAACACACACCCAGAGACCUACACCCCUCAGCCCGCCUUUGAAAGACUGGUGUGUGUGAAUCUCUCUCUCUCUCUCUCUCUCUCUCUCUCUCUCUCUCUCUCUCUCUCUCUCUCUCUCUCUCUCUCUCUCUCUCUCUCUCUCUCUCUCUCUCUCUCCGUCUCUCUCUUUCUCCCUAUAAGAGGUAAAGAUCAUUCAUUGGCUACAAGGUGACCAUGACACACACACACACGCACACACACACACACACACACACACACACACACACACACACACACACACACACACACACACACACACACACACACACACACACACACACACACACACACACACACACACACACACACACACCCUUUAGUGAGUAUGUGUUGUGCUCUCCUGUCACAGGAGGGGAGAGAGUGGUUAUGGUGCAUAUCAUUAUCAAAUCUCUCCUAAAUGUGGCAGCUGUUGCCUCGGAACUUCAGAAUUCCCUUUCCAGAGUCAAAUGAUUAUUUCUUCCCCUUUUGCUUGUCAAUAGACAGCAGGCCUCGUUUCACCUAGGGUGACAGUGUUUCCUUGUUUGAGUGUGUGAGAGAGACUCGGAGAGUUUAGAGUGUGUAUUUUAGUGUGUUAUGUGCAUGCGUUAUGUACCAGCAAAUCUAUGUCAUUAGUCAAUAAGAGCCGUUGAAGUGUUCUGGGACUGAAUUGAUGCCAUAUUCCGUUCAGUGGCUUUCGAAAGUAUUCACCUCCCUUGGCAUUUUUCCUAUUUUGUUGCCUUACAACCUGGAAUUAUUAUUUGAUUUACACAACAUGCCUACCACUUUGAAGAUGUAAAAUAUUUUUUAUUGUGAAACAAACAAGAAAUAAGACAAAAAAACAGAAAAGUUGAGCGUGCAUAACUAUUCACCCCCCCAAAGUCAAUGCUUUGUAGAGCCACCUUUUGCAGCAAUUACAGCUGCAAGUCUCUUGGGGUAUGUCUCUAUAAGCUUGGCACAUCUAGCCACUGGGAUUUUUGCCCAUUCUUCAAGGCAAAACUGAUCCAGCUCCUUCAAGUUGGAUGGGUUCCGCUUGUGUACAGCAAUCUUUAGGUCAUACCACAGAUUCUCAAUUGGAUUGAGGUCUGGGCUUUGACUAGGCCAUUCCAAGACAUUUAAAUGUUUCCCCUUAAACCACUCGAGUGUUGCUUUAGCAGUAUGCUUAGGGUCAUUGUUCUGCUGGAAGGUGAACCUCUGUCCCAGUCUCAAAUCUCUGGAAGACUGAAACAGUUUUUCCUCAAGAAUUUCUCUGUAUUUAGCGCCAUCCAUCAUUCCUUCAAUUCUUACCAGUUUCCCAGUCCCUGCCGAUGAGAAGUGUUGGGUUUGCGCCAGACAUAGCAUUUUCCUUGAUGGCCAAAAAGCUCAAUUUUUGUCUCAUCUAACCAGAGUACCUUCUUCCAUAUGUUUGGGGAGUCUCCCACAUGCCUUUUGGCGAACACCAAACGUGUUUGCUUAUUUUUUUCUUCAAGCAAUGGCUUUUUUCUGGCCACUCUCCCAUAAAGCCCAGCUCUGUGGAGUGUACGACUUAAAGUGGUCCUAUGGACAAAUACUCCAAUCUUCGCUGUGGAGUUUUGCAGCUCCUUCGGGGUUAUCUUUGGUAUCUUUGUUGCCUCUCUGAUUAAUGCCCGCCUUGCCUGGUCCAUGAGUUUUGGUGGGCGGCCCUCUCUUGGCAGGUUUGUUGUGGUGCCUUAUUCUUUCAAUUUUUUAAUAAUGGAUUUAAUGGUGCUCCGAACCCAACCCUUAUCUGUACUUCUCCACAACUUUGUCCCUGACCUGUUUGGAGAGCUCCUUGGUCUUCAUGGUGCCACUUGCUUGGUGGUGCCCAUUGCUUAGUGGUGUUGCAGACUAUAGGGCCUUUCAGAACAGGUGUAUAUAUACUGAGAUCAUGUGACACUUAGAUUGCACACAGGUGGACUUUAUUUAACUAAUUAUGUGACUUCUGAAGGUAAUUGGUUGCACCAGAUCUUAUUUAGGGGCUUCAUAGCAAAGGGGGUGAAUACAUAUGCACGCACCACUUUUUCGUUAUUUAUUUUUUAGAAUUGUUUAAAACAAGUCAUUAUUUUCCUUUCACUUCACCAAUUUGGACUAUUUUGUGUAUGUCCAUUACAUGAAAUCCAAAUAAAAAUCAAUUCAAAUUACAGGUUGUAAUGCAACAAAAUAGGAAAAACGCGAAGGGGGAUGAAUACUUUUGCAAGGCACUGUAUGUGCUCCCUCCCUGCCUGCCUCCCUGCCUCCCUGCCUCCCUCCCUGCCUGCCUCCCUCCCUCCCUGCCUGCCUGCCUCCCUCCCUGCCUCCAUCCCUCCCUGCCUGCCACCCUCCCUGCCUCCCUGCUUCCCUCUCUCCCUGCCUGCCUCCCUACCUCCCUGCCUGCCUGCCGCCCUCCCUGCCUCCCUGGCUUCCUGCCUGCCUGCCUCCCUCCCUGCCUCCCUGCUUCCCUCUCUCCCUGCCUCCCUGCCUCCCUGGCUUCCUGCCUGCCUGCCUCCCUCCCUGCCUACCUCCCUGACUGCCUGCCUGGACCAAAGCCCAGAUAUGACAUCUGUGUUGGAUUUGUUAUGGAGAGUACUGCUGAGAGCCAUAUGACACAGACAGAGAUGGAGAGAGAGGGAUAGAUGGGUUUGUAGAGCGAGAGAGAGAGAGAGAGAGAGAGAGAGAGAGAUGGGUUUGGGGGAGAGAGCGAGAGAGGGGUAGAUGGGUUUGGGGGGAGAGAGCGAGAGAGGGGUAGAUGGGUUUGGGGGAGAGAGCGAGCGAGAAAGGGGUAGAUGGGUUUGGGGGAGAGAGCGAGAGAGGCGGGGGGGGGGGGGGGUAAGGAGAGAAGAAGACAGAAAGAGAUAGGAAGGAGCAAGAGUGAGAAAGAGAGAAAGAGACUACUUAAAACUAGAUGUGAGAUGUAUUGGACAUCUUGUUCAAUUUCUUCAAACGUAUUCUACUACUCUACUAUGCACUUUGACAUUUAAAAUUCUCUUCAUCGCACCUCUACUCCACACUACAAGACAAGACAAGUGCCCUUUCAGAUUCUCUGGGCAUGACGCCUCUGCUCUCUCUCCCUCUCAUCUUCUCUCUAUCCCUUUAUUUUCUCUACCAGCCAAGCGCUUGCCUCUUCAAAGCCUCAAGCAGACAAACCACACAGAAGGCCAGAGAGAGUAAAGAAAGCCUUCCUAACAAAAUAAAAAUGACAUUGACUGUUUCAACACAGCGAACCAUUUUAGACUCUAGAUAGCGCCUUUCUUUCUAAGAGUGUAGAGUGAUGUUUUAGCUGUAAAAGAUUACCUUUGGUGACCUGGUGUGCCUGCCUGUGUCUGUCGCAGACUUAAAGCCCAUAGUCCACUGUGGAGGAGGUGGCUGGGGGUUGGGGUUGUAGGAUGGGGUGUGUGUGUGGGGGGGGUAGUGGUAAGGGUUGAGGGGGCGGCUAGCCUUUUCGUAGGUCAAUGGCGCCCAUUCACCUCAGCUUUCUCCGUAGGAGGUUGAGAACUAAUGGAAUGUCCCAAACAAGAUGAGCAUGUCUGAGAGGGACCAUUGUGAGAGCUGCCCUCAACCUUAACCCUAACCCUCAGGACGUGGCAGUUUGACACAUGACUUUUAGACGUUUAGUGGGAGCCUUUGUCUGAUAAGAGUCACUGUACAACAGACACACUGUAUGUUCGACUCAAAGUGAAUUUGGUUCAAUAAUCAAUCUCUUCAUAGUCUAUUACAUGGGUUGGACCAACAUACUUUGGAGAUAACAACGUUAAUAGAAUAGCCCUCUAUGUAAAAGUCCAUCUGGAAUCCAUGUGCUCUCAUGCUGUUAUGUUAUGGAAAUUCUUAACUAGCUUUUGCAUUAUAGCAAUCCAUGUGCUACCAAUACAACUUCCAACCUAUAAUGUAUUUUAUUAUCUAUCUAUACUGAACAAAAAUAUAAACGCAACAUGCAACAAUUUAAAAGAUUUUACUGAGUUACAGUUCAUAUAAGGAAAUCAGUCAAUUGAGAAUAAAUUCAUUAGGCCCUAAUCUAUGGAGUUAACAUGACUGGGCAGGGGUGCAGCCAUGGGCCUUGGAGGGCAUAGGCCCACCCACUGGGGAGCUAGGCCCACUCACUGGGGAGCCAGGCCCACCCACUGGGGAGCCAGGCCCACCCACUGGGGAGCCAGGCCCAGCCAAUCAGAAUUAGUUUUUCCCCACAAAAAGGCUUUAUUACAGCACCAGCACCCCCACCCCCCCCUCAGACGACCCCACAGGUGAAGAAGCCGGAUGUGGAGGUUCUGGGUUGGCGUGGUUACACAUGGUCUGUGGUUGUGAGGCUGGUCGGACGUACUGCCAACCCAGAGGCAGCUUAUGGUAGAGAAAUUAACAUUCAACAGCUCUGGUGGACAUUCCUGCAGUCAGCAUGCCAAUUGCACACUCCCUCAAAACUUGAGACAUCUGUGGCAUUGUGUUAUGUGACAAAACUGCACAUUUUGAAGUCGCCUUUUAUUGUCCCCAGCACAAGGUGCACCUGUGUAAUGAUUAUGCUGUUUAAUCAGCUUCUUGAUAUGCCAUACCUGUCAGGUGGAUGGAUUAUCUUGGCAAAGGAGAAAUGCUCACUAACAGGGAUUUUAAACAAAUUUGUGCACAAAAUUUGAAAGAAAUAAGCUUUUUGUGAACAUUUCUGGGAUUUUUUAUUUCAGCUCAUGAAACAUGGGACCAACACUUUACAUGUUGCGUUUAUAUUUUUGUUCAGUGUAAUAUGUUGACUUCAUACAGGUCAAAUUAAUUUAGUAACUGGAUAAAGGUGAAAUUCAACAUGUAAAGCCAGUCAUGGUAGAUGCAGUGUGUCUGUGACUCUAUGGGGCAUUCCAGCCCCAGCUCCAGCCUCAGCUCUAGGGAGGGGAGAACAGACAUGGUGUGACCCCAGGUGACAUGUCACUUUUUCAGCCAUUGAUCUGCUGUGACUCCCUUGUCCCUGGUUCCCCCAGCUCUUGGUUUAAAGCUGCCUGAGAAACUCAGUCACACCUACGGGAUUAAAGUCUACUUCUCCUUCUCUCUCUCUUUCUUUCUCUCUCUCUUUCUUUCUCUCUCUCUUUCUCUCUCUCUCUCUCUCUCUCUCUCUCUCUCUCUCUCUCUCUCUCUCUCUCUCUCUCUCUCUCUCUAUCCUCCCUCUCUGUCCUCCUCUCCCCCCAUUUCUAGACUGUUUAGAGACUUAAACCAGGGUCACUUUAGUUUAAUUGCCAAACCCAUGGCUACCUCAGUUGCUGUUAGUGAGUUUUGUUUCACUCCAUGACUGAGCUCGCAAAUAGCGGCUUCGCUGGGGAAUGAACCAGACCAAAUGGAUUGUUAUUGAGUGAGUGCAGCGUUCACUUGGAGUUGUAUUGAUGCUAAUUUCAACAAAAGUCAUCAACGUUCGCUGGGUGAACAGAAGAGCUUAAUUGAAAUACGUGUUUAUUUCUCAACUUCCACUAAUUUAGAUAAAGGGUUGUCUAAUUGAAAUUCAGGCCAUUCUGGCUGACGAGGCAAUCUGCUAGAGUAGAUGUAGCUCAGUUGGUAGAGCAUGGCGUUUGCAACGCCAGGGUUGUGGGUUCGAUUCCCACGGGGAGCCAGUAUGAAAAAAAUAAUGUAUGCACUCACUAACUGUAAGUCGCUCUGGAUAAGAGCGUCUGCUAAAUUACGUAAAUGUCAUUAACUUUUUACUGCAGUGGCUGAAUCAGGGUCACACAGAGUGAUUCUUGGUAGUCUUAAACAUUGAAACAAAAGUAUACACCUCACACAAAUGGUUAUGGGCUUUAAAAAAAAGACACCUAUACCAUGUCAGAUAUAGAGUUGAAAUGCAUUCCAUUAAAAUCAUGUUUAUUAAUUAUGACAUUAUGAAAAAUAUUAAUAACAUUCAACCCAUGAGGCCACUAGGUCAUUUGACUGCAGGAAAGGGCUACAAGGAGUUAGAUGUGGGACAACAUUUGUGAUUCUUUUUUAUUACCAAUGCAGGCAAGCUGAAGGAAAAGUACACAACAGACGACAUGAGCUUGAACGUAUCAGCUAACUCUCAGACAUUCUGUGUGUUAAGCUCUAUGUUGUGUUGUGUUCUAUACUGUGCAGUGCUAUUUGUCUAGAUGUGUAUAUUAUGAGUUGUUGUUAUGUGUACAUGAACAGUAUAUGAUCAACUCAGUUGCACAUGGUAAGGGUCAGUGUAUUGCAUGGUAUUGUUUUGUUAUAUACCCCAUUGUGUUUUUGCUGCUGAGUAUGUGAGCCAGAUUAGUGACAGCUGGUCCAUCAGUGAUGAGGGAUCUGUGGCUGUGGUGCAGAAUUCCUCAGACAAGCACUGUGGCUCAUUGAUAACUCACAAUAUGUCCUCUGAGAGAAGAGAUGGAGAGACUGAGGGAGAGGGAAAUAGAGAGCGAGCUAUGGAGUUUGAUGGAGAGAUUAAUGGAGGAGAGUGUGCAUGUGUGUGUAGGGUUAUAACUCUAGCCGUAACCCUAACCCUAGCCUAUUCUAAUCCAGUUUUGGGCCUACGGCCUGCUUAUCUCAAGAGAUCACUGGUUCUCAUUCCCCCUCCUCUGUCUCUUAACCACUGUUUGUCUUGUCGAAGUUCAUGUUUGUAAGUGGCUUAAUGCAUUCUGCUUCUCUAUCAUUUCUAAUAAUGCCUCCUCUUCCACCCCCUCCAUCCCUCCAUCCCUCCAUCCCUUUACUUAGAACUGAUGAAGUCAAGCAGAAGGAAGAAAAGAAGGCUUGAAAAGGUAAAUUAUUAAAUAAAAGAUGGGGUGUUUGCACUAGCAGGAGACUUGACAGCUGAGAGAUGGAUCUCCUUUGGUUUGUUCAUUAUCCAAACAAACCUCAAACAAACCCUCAAGCUGUCCUGUCUACUCCACUCACUUAAACACACACACACACACACACACACACACACACACACACACACACACACACACACACACACACACACACACACACACACACACACACACACACACACACACCACUACAAGAACCACUAGAGCUGUGGGCUCAUUACUUGUCUUUACUGUUUGAGCAAAUUGUAGGCGCCAAUAUUCCAAUCCACAAAGCAGUACGUCAUGUUGAACAGACAGAACAGGCAUGGUUCAUGGAUUGUCUUUACAUUGGACACACAUGCUAUGGUCUGCUAUGUGUUUUUCUCUAUACUACUUUUGGUAAUCCACUUCACACUGCUUCAAACUCCUUAUCCAUUUUAGCAGCGUAUACUGAAGAGAGUGAAGUGUGCCACGACAGCACAGAGCGUUCCUGCGUGCUGCUCACUGCUCAUGAAGGUCAUCUGUUUUCCAUUUGGCUCUUCAUCCUCAACAUCUCAGUCAGAAACACUGAGCCUUCGCCUGCCUUCCACACCCAUGUCAUUAAUCUGUUAUGCGAAUACACGUCUCCAUGAGAGCGAGAUAGAGAGGGGGGGGGGGAGCUAAAGAGAUAGAAAGACAUUGAGAGAAAGAUGAACACAUGCCGAUGUGAGAGGCAGUAAGGGAUGUAUAGAGAGAACACAUGACAUGAUACAAAAUGUGUUCUGCUCCUCUAAGGCAGUGUUUCCCAACUCCAGUCCUUCAGUACCCCAACAGUGUUUCCCAACUGCAGUACCCCAACAGUGUUUCCCAACUCCAGUCCUUCAGUACCCCAACAGUGUUUCCCAACUCCAGUACCCCAACAGUGUUUCCCAACUCCAGUCCUUCAGUCCUCCCAACAGUGUUUCCCAACUCCAGUCCUUCAGUCCUCCCAACAGUGUUUCCCAACUCCAGUCCUUCAGUCCUCCCAACAGUGUUUCCCAACUCCAGUCCUUCAGUCCUCCCAACAGUGUUUCCCAACUCCAGUCCUCCAGUACUCCCAACAGUGUUUCCCAACUCCAGUCCUCCCAACAGUGUUUCCCAACUCCAGUCCUUCAGUACCCCAACAGUGUUUCCCAACUCCAGUCCUCCAGUACUCCCAACAGUGUUUCCCAACUCCAGUCCUCCCAACAGUGUUUCCCAACUCCAGUCCUUCAGUACCCCAACAGUGUUUCCCAACUCCAGUCCUCCAGUACUCCCAACAGUGUUUCCCAACUCCAGUCCUUCAGUCCUCCCAACAGUGUUUCCCAACUCCAGUCCUUCAGUCCUCCCAACAGUGUUUCCCAACUCCAGUCCUCCAGUACUCCCAACAGUGUUUCCCAACUCCAGUCCUCCCAACAGUGUUUCCCAAGUCCAGUCCUUCAGUACCCCAACAGUGUUUCCCAACUCCAGUCCUCCAGUACUCCCAACAGUGUUUCCCAACUCCAGUCCUCCCAACAGUGUUUCCCAACUCCAGUCCUCCCAACAGUGUUUCCCAACUCCAGUCCUCCAGUACUCCCAACAGUGUUUCCCAACAGUGUUUCCCAACUCCAGUCCUUCAGUACCCCAACAGUGUUUCCCAACUCCAGUACCCCCAACAGUGUUUCCCAACUCCAGUCCUCCCAACAGUGUUUCCCAACUCCAGUCCUCCCAACAGUGUUUCCCAACUCCAGUCCUCCCAACAGUGUUUCCCAACUCCAGUCCUCCAGUACUCCCAACAGUGUUUCCCAACAGUGUUUCCCAACUCCAGUCCUUCAGUACCCCAACAGUGUUUCCCAACUCCAGUACCCCCAACAGUGUUUCCCAACUCCAGUCCUUCAGUACCCCAACAGUGUUUCCCAACUCCAGUCCUCCCAACAGUGUUUCCCAACUCCAGUCCUCCAGUACUCCCAACAGUGUUUCCCAACUCCAGUCCUCCAGUACUCCCAACAGUACCCCCAACAGUGUUUCCCAACUCCAGUCCUCCAGUACUCCCAACAGUGUUUCCCAACUCCAGUCCUCCAGUACUCCCAACAGUGUCCCCCAACAGUGCUUCCCAACUCCAGUACCCCCAACAGUGUUUCCAAACUCCAAUCCUCCAGUUCCCCCAACAGUGUUUCCCAACUCCAGUCCUCCCAACAGUGUUUCCCAAUUCCAGUCCUCCAGUAUUCCCAACAGUGUUUCCCAACUCCAGUCCUCCAGUACCCCCAACAGUGUUUCCCAACUCCAGUCCUCCCAACAGUGUUUCCCAACUCCAGUCCUCCAGUACACCCAACAGUGUUUCCCAACUUCAGUCCUCCAGUACUCCCAACAGUGUUUCCCAAAUUCAGUCCUCCAGUACUCCCAACAGUGUUUCCCAAUUCCUCCAGUACCCCCAACAGUGUUUCCCAACUCCAGUCCUCCAGUACUCCCAACAGUGUUUCCCAACUCCAGUCCUCCAGUACCCCCAACAGUGUUUCCCAACUCCAGUCUUCCAGUACCCCCAACAGUACACAUUUUGUUUUAGGCCCAGACAAGCACUCCUGAUUCAACUUGUCAACUAAUCAACAGGUCCUCAAUUAGUUGAAUUAGGGGAGUUUGUCCAGGGCUACAACAAAAAUGUGUUCUGUUGGGGGUACUGGAGGAGAUGAAACACUGCUCUAGGGCAGCUUAUGUGACAAAUGUGUGUUAAAAACCAGAGAGCACCAGGCAACAUAUGAUGCUAUGUAUUAUUGAUUUCACACCAGUAGCCAGCUAGCUCUUAGUGCUCAGGGCGGGGGUGAUGUGGCAUAACAAGCCUGCAGUGAUUUUCAAGCAGCCUCGUUUGAGUCAUGGCUGAGGAGAUUGGAGUUUUGUCUCUCUUUAAAGAUUCCGAGAUGAGAGAAUGGGUAGCUAAUGAGCAGCAUGGCUCGCUGAGGAGAGAGACUGAGACAGGAGAGAAACUGAGACAGGAGAGAGACUGAGACAGGAGAGAGACUGAGACAGGAGAGAGACUGAGACAGGAGAGAGACUGAGACAGGAGAGAGACUGAGACAGGAGAGAGACUGAGACAGGAGAGAGACUGAGACAGGAGAGAGAUGGAGGGAGAGAGAUGGAGGGGUGGAAGGAAGUAAGGAGGGAGAGGGGAGUGAGAUUAAGACAGCAGGGAAAAGAGAGGGCUAGAAUGUUGGAGAGAGAGAGAGAGGGAAAAGAAGAGAGAGCCAAAGACUGGUAGACAGA